UGGAAUUCAAGAGCUCCGUAUCGCACUGGAACAUCGACUGGAAUCGCAAUUGCACAGAUCCACGCGCGACGGCGCGUUUGCCAAACCACCAUCAUCACCUCCACGAACACAGAGCUAACAUGUCACGCCGACCGGCUCAAGCACCAUCCUCCCCACCACCAUAGCCCUCCAACCCACACAGUCAACAACAUAGGAGAAUAAGAGAGCAAAAAAUAGAAGAAAUGUCCUCCAAACGACACUCAAUCCUGCCGCCCGUCUCGCAAACGGGGCCCAAACCGCCCGUCAACUUCUCGUCGACCAUCACGAUCGCCGACUCGGCGCUGCUGACCGGCACGCACACGAUCACGGUGCACGGCGAGAGCGUGAUCCACCCGCGCGCGCGGCUGGACUCGCUCGCGGGGCGCGUGACCGUCGGCCGGCGGUGCGUGGUGCAGGAGCGCGCGACGCUGGGCGCCGCUGCCGCUGUCCCCGCCGCCGCCGCAGCUGCUCCUCCCGCUGAGGCGGCGGCGGCUGUUACGCUGGGUGACUACGUGACGGUGGAGGUUGGCGCGGUGGUUGAGGCGGGUGGGACGGUGAUCGGCGAGGGCACGGUGGUUGGGGUCGGGGCGAGGGUCGGGGCCGGGGCGGUGGUGGGCAAGCACUGUACGCUUACGGCCCACACCGAGAUUGCCGCUGGCGAGGUGGUGCCCGACUUUACGGUCGUCUACUCGAACGGGAUGCGGCGGACGGAUAAGCGCGGCGUGGCUGAGCUGAAGAACAAAGGGCUGGCGCGGCAGAUCGAUGUGUUGAGGAGGAUGAUACCCAGCAAUCCGGCCAAGUUUGCUUGAUUACAUUGCUUUUUAUUUC